AUGAUUGAAAUGCGUACUCCAGAAAAUAAUUUUGACUUCGAUUUUUUUGAUGCUAGAAGAUUGGCAGCUGAUAAACCCCUUGAUAGUGAUAAUGGUGAAGUAGAUGACAGUGAUGCUGACAAAUCUUAUAAUCCAUAUGGUACUAAAGAUAGUAAUAAUGAAUCUUCAUCUGAUACUGAAUCAAUUGGACAUGUAUCUACUAUUUUAAACAAAAAUGACACCGAAAUACAACUGUAUAAUACAAUCACAAGUGAAGUUAACAAUGUAACAGAUGAUAUACCAGAUCUUAACAUUUUAAAUGAGACUAAUAACCAUCAGCAAAUAGGAUAUUCUACUCCAUCAACAAGUAAAUCUGCUACAAUACCAUUCAUAACACCGAAGCCUUCAACAUCAUCUUAUUCUGUUUCUACUCCUUCAGCAGUAAUAACAUCUUCAAAUACUAAAUAUGAGAUAAAAAGUUUAUCUUACUCUAUUGAAACAAUUAAAAGUAUGACUGCUCAAAUUUUGGAUUCUUCUCUUCCUAAGCCGACUUUAGAAUCUGACAUUUCUGAGGGAUGUGAAAUAAUGUGGCCUAUAGAAAAUACUGAAGAUAUGGAUAAAAUUAGAAAUGUAUUAGCUAGUGAUACUAAGAUCCGCAAAAAUCAAGCAAUCAUUUUGUCCAGAUUAGUUGGUUCAAAAAUAAAUGAAACAGUGAGAAGAAUCAUGCAGCGUAUGUUUCUUGAUAUUUUUAUAAAAGAUUAUUCAUAUGUUGGUUUUAAAGGAAAAAAUAAAUUCCAAGGUUUGAACUGCUGCAAUUUGUUAUUUGAAUCAAUAAGAAUGAAUAAAAAAUUUGAAAUGACUUCAGAUGAAGAAAUUUCCUCAGCAGUGUCUAAAUGGAUGGCACAAGCAACAAAUCGUAUCAACCAAAAAAAUAAAUCAAAAUUACCAGCUGAAGAUAAUAUAUUUAAUGUUCAUUAAAAUGUGUUUUUAAUAUUAUUAUGAUUAUUAUAACAUCUAUUAAUUUCUCAAUAUUAUUAUUACCUAUACAACAGUAUUUUUUUUUU